AUGCAGGCCAGGGUACGAGCGCAAUAUCAAGGCGCCAAUCCUCAAACUGGUGAAUCCAAAGAAUGCCUUCGCGAAACAACAGCGAGCGACAAGGAGGAAGACAGGCACAGUGUGCCCACCGCAGACAUCACGCAAUACUACCUAGACGACGACCUGACCAAACUCGCAGGCUUCAUCACCAGUGUACCCCCAGAUCUCUUAUACAACAUCAUGUCCGCCGCAACUGAAGCCGACCUCAGAGCCCUUCUCACCCUUAUCAACCCAUCCGAUCUACGAAUCGAGCCCGGCUACCUGAUGACCAGAACUUGUACGCGCGUGUCAAACUGGCUAAGAAACGGAAGUCAAAGAUGGGCGGUGAGUAAGGACGUGAUCCCUUGCGCGCUUUUCCUCCUUCUGAAGUUUAGGGUCUUGACCCGCGAUGGGAUAUGCAACUCGCAGACGCACGAGGAGAGUCUCAGACUUGCUGCAGCUAUCAAGACUGCGUAUGGGAAUCUUUGCGACAGUAGGGUAUCGCCGAAGGCGUGGGCCGACGUCAUGGGUAGGCAAUACGCAGAUAUUCAGGGCGCUGAGAUCGCGUUCUUGAAGGAUCUGGACUUUAGGACGUGGGUGCAUGAGGCUGACUUUAAGGAGUUUGUGGGUAGGUUCGAGAUUGUCUGGGGGAUGUUGCUCGAAGAUCAGGAUGACGUUUUCAUGUGA